AUGUAUCUAUCCAGCAUCCUCACAGCCCUGGUGGGCUUCAGCUCGAUUGUUGCUGCCGCUCCUGCUCAUGAACGAGACGUAACGCCAGUAGAGAAGGGUCUUAAAUACAAGAGCCGAGCACAGAAGCGCUCUCCUCUUAUCAUCCAGCAGUCCAUCACCGAGACUCAGAUCACUGUCAUUGAGAACAACCUUGACACGAUCAACCAGCUGGCUCUCAUUGCAGAGCAGGAGUUCGCCGCUUUGGUUCAAUCUCAGAUUGCUUUGAUCACCGAGGUAGAAACCAUCAAGAACAACAUCCGCGUAAACCACUUCAAGGCUAGGUGGCCACAAGUGAAUACUGUCAUCGUUACUGUCACAAAUGUGGUGGACUUGCGUGACUCGUCAAAUAAGAACAACCGGUAUCUCAUCAACCAAUUGCUGGCCGACAAUGCAGCACCUGAGUCCCAGAUCGUCGUCAUGGUCACUGCGCUUGACACCUUGACUGUCGGCGCUGUUGCAACCCCGACAGACCUGUCCGCCGUCCUAGCAUCCGCCAGCGCAGUCUCAAAUCCGACGGCCACUCCAGCAGUUGCAAGUUUCGACCAGCUCGCUCCCUUUGGUCAGCUGAACCAGAGCGUGUUGCUGCCUUUCAACUCGUCCGCUCCGUCGUUGAACGUCGACCAGGUAUUCGUGGACCCAGCGGCAAUCAUCCUGCCGAAUCAGGCCCUCUUUGUGAGCGACGUCAAUACACUGAAUCAAGACUGUGCUCUGGUCGCCAUCAACAGCGGCUCGCUGUUCAACUUGCAGGCUGCGCUGCUGUCCAACCUCGCUGCCGUGGCACAGGCCGAGCUCGCUGGUCUUAUCCUGGGACAAGUAAACCCGACGCUCCUUGCCUCAUCGACUACUUCAACAGCUACAGAGACGGCUACGUCGACAUCAACAGACUCAUCAACCUCUACGACGGCUACAGCAGAGGCCACAGGGACAGCAGAAAAGUCGAAAGUAAAGAAAUCAGAGAGAUAG